AUGUCGCAAAAACCGCGAAAGCUCCAGCGCGUUUCCAAAGCCUGUGACUUCUGCAAUAGGCGCAGCAUCAAGUGCGGCAAAAGUGAAGACCCGCUAGGCAGGUGCCAGAAUUGUGCCGAUUUUGAUGUCUCGUGCACCUUCGAUCGCCCCGCGAAGCGUCGGGGCGUCAAGGCUGGCACGAGGGCUCCCAUGCGCGAGGCGUCGGUGAAAACCCCUGGCUCUGAUCAUGCCAUUCCUGUAAGUGCCACUGCGCCGGCCACGGCGAGGACUUCGGGCUCUUCGGGGUCGCGAAGCUCGUAUUACCCCGAGUCUGCGCAUCGUCCGUCAUUGACCGGUGAUCCUUGGUCAACGUUCAAUGUCGGCGGGGUAGCAACGGAAGGGUACGAUGAUGACGGCGCAUUGCGCAACUCCUGGAAUGCGUUUGCGAUUGCCAGUGAUCGCCAGAUCCGAAAUCUUGUGCAGGUUUAUUUCGAGAUUGUUUAUCCCAUUUUCCCACUCUUCCACAAGCAAUCUUUCAUUGAAAGAGUGCAUAAUCAAGAGCAUCUCCGUGAUCCGGGGUUAUUUGCCUCGACUAUGGCUGUCUGUGCUUUGGUCUCUGGUCGUGCACGCGAUGGGGCGCUGUUCACCAAUAGGUGGCAUCGAGAUGAGCUGGCUGAGCCGCCAUCAGAAGCUUUUUAUGCAGCUGCCAAGGACUCUAUUCCCCGAGAUCUUGCCUCAGCAAAAGGCAUGAAUUAUAUGCGCGCUUGUGCUAUCCUUGCCAUCGCCAGUAUUCAAAAUGGCCAGAUCAAAAAUAUGCAAAAGUUCUCCGGAAUGUAUCAUACUCUUACAAGUAUGGAGGGACUUCACGACGAGAAGCUGUGGCCAAAGCAUUUGAGUCCCAUUGAAACUGAAGAGCGACGGCGUCUGUUCUGGUCCAUUUACACUCUAGAUAUCUAUUCCAGCAUCGUGUGGGGUGGUGUGAUUCGAUAUCGCGAAGCUCAUUCUCUGGUCAGAUAUCCAAGCGAAAUUGACGAUGAGUUCAUUACAGUACACGGCUACGGCAUGCCGCCGGUAUCUCCAGCCUCGACCGUGCUCAGCCCAGGAGAAGUGAGAGUAGUCUCACGCCAACCCCUAGCAUGGCUUCGCGGUUGGAAUUUUACUACGGAUCUCUAUCGGAUCCUUGAACAUGUUGUGGAUGGCAACCGACGUCGCUUCUCCUCUGCAAAUGGGACUGCACAGGUGUGGUCACUAUUCAGCCCGGCAUCCAUGUCAGAAGAGGCAGUUAUGGAGCGAGUGUACUCCAUGUACGCCGCACUGCCAUCACAGUUCAAGGAAACCCCUCCCACUACUGGUGACAUGGCCAAGGAUUUAUUCGGUUUCCAGUCUGCCAAUAUCACAGCAACCCUACAGCUUCUUCGCAUGGUGCUCCUCUCAGCCGAAGAACUUGGUGUCGAUCGCAAAUGUAACGUCGCUGGAGAACUGCUUAGUGUUUUCAGCAAGGUUCCUGUGGAGUAUCUCAAAGCAAUCAGCUCACCUCUGCUUCACCAUCUUGGUGGAAUAGGAUACAUCCUCGGUUCGGUCAUGGAAGGAAGUCUAUCAGAAGCAUCUUACCGACGAGUCCGCACAUUACUUCUUGAAAUGGCCGAUCUCCUCGGCCGCCUUGAAACAGGUCUUCAACGCGCAGCCGGCGCCAGUCAACGCCUACGGUCCCAAGUCGACCGAAUUGACGGCUACAUGACCUCCCGGCCGAUCAAUCACCAAACAGUUCACCACAAUCCAAGUCCUCAUGAAGUCCCCGUCGACGCGAAACCACACAUCCCAAUGACAUCUGUACCGUACAUUCCCCCAAGCGGACCGCCAGGCCCGGCACCCGGCCCACCACCCAAUGCCAUGGGCGAUCAGAUGAUGCAGUUCCAGAUUCCACCGGAGCUGUUGUCAGACUGGCCGUGGCCACUCGAUGGUGGCGGUAACCCGGAGGGUUUUCUGCCCAUGGCGUUUGAAUGA